AUGGAGCGGCUAACAUCUCCUCCUCGUCUGAUGAUAGUCUCAGAUCUUGAUGAUACAAUGGUUGAUCAUCACAACGAUCCUGAGAAUCUCUCUCUGUUGAGGUUUAAUUCAUUGUGGGAAGACGCUUAUCGCCACGACUCUCUUCUUGUUUUCUCAACGGGAAGAACACUAGAGCUGUACAAAAAGCUGAGGAAAGAGAGGCCGUUGUUAACUCCUGACGUUGUCAUUACCUCUGUAGGAACUGAGAUAGCUUAUUGUAACUCCAUGGUCACUGAUGAGAGUUGGGUUGAGAUCAUGAACAGUAAAUGGAACAGAGGAAUCGUAGAAGAAGAAACCAGCAAGUUCCCUGAGUUAACUCUUCAGAGAGCACAUGAUCAAAGUCCGAACAAGGUUAGCCUUAACAUUGACAAGAGUAAUGUUCAGGCAGUGACCAAGGAGCUAUAUCAGCGGUUAGAGAAACGUGGGUUGGAGAUCAAGAUAAUCUUUAGUGGAGGACACUGUUUUGAUGUUUUACCCAAAGGUGGAGGAAAGGGACAAGCUCUUGCUUAUCUUCUGAAUAAUCUCAAGACUCAAGGAAAACUCCCUGUGAACACUCUUGCUUGUGGAGACUCUGGAAACGACACUGAGCUAUUCACCAUUCCUGAUGUUUAUGGUGUCAUGGUAAGCAAUGCUCAAGAAGAGCUGUUGGAGUGGUAUGCUGAAAACGGUAAAGACAACUCAAAGAUAGUCCACUCGAGCGAGAGGUGUGCGAGUGGGAUUAUACAAGCGAUAGGUCACUUUAAGCUCGGUCCGAAUCUUUCUCCGAGAGAUGUUUUUGAUUCCAUAGAGUGCAAGGCGGAUAAUUCGAACCCUGGUCAUGAGGUUGUCAAGUUUUUCUUGUUCGUUGAAAGAUGGAGACGAGGUGAAGUUGAGAACUGUGAGGCAUACACAGCAAGCCUCAAAGCUUCAUGUCACCCAAACAGUGUCUUUAUUCAUCCAUCUGGUGCUGAAAAGUCUCUCAGAGACACCAUUGAUGAGCUUGGGAGGCACCAUGGAGACAUGAAAGAUGACAAGUUUCGGGUUUGGACUGAUCAGGUUUUGGCAACAGACACUACUCGUGGAAGUUGGAUAGUAAAGCUUGAUAAGUGGGAACAAACUGGUAAUCAAAGGCAAUGCUGCAGAACAACUAUCAAACUCACCUCAAAGGAAAAUGAAGGAUUUGUGUGGGAACAUGUGGAGCAAACAUGGUCGAAAGAAUCAGAUGUGAAGGAUGAUGAUGUCAACUGGAUCAUCUGA